AUGAAUGGUGAUCAUGAAAUUAUUCAUAUACUUGAUUUAUAUAUUUAUAUAACAAAAGUUAAAGUAAUAGAAAAUACGAUGAAGCGUGAAGUCCAUUCACCAAAACUAUUUUAUCCAGCAGUUGGACGUCUUCAAAUCGCUUAUCGUUUAACAACAAAUGGAAAAUUUCAAGAAGCUGUUGAAAAAUUUCGUUCAAUAUUAUUAUCUGUUGCAUUAUAUAUUGUUGAAUCACGUCAAGAUAUUCUUGAGAGUCAACAAUUAACAGAAAUAUGUAAAGAAUAUAUUGUUGGUUUACAAAUGUUAAUGGCAAAAAAAGAUUUAGCAAAAGAUGAUCAUGACAUUAAAAUCUUCAUUUCAGCAUUUGAAAUUAAAAAAUUAUAA